GCGCGCGUCCUCACGGAAGCGCGGCAAUGCGCGUGCGUCGGGGCCGCACUCCAAAGUGGGAAGGAGACAGCUAGUGGUCGCCCGGGAGGGGAGGCGGGGGCCGGCCCCGGAAAUAAUCUCUAUCCUCAGGCACCGGGAGUUGGCGAGGUAUCCUCUGCGGUGGAGAGACCUGGAAUGGCCAAAUAUCAGGGAGAAGUUCAAAGUUUGAAACUGGACGAUGACUCAGUCAUAGAAGGAGUAAGUGACCAAGUACUUGUGGCAGUUGUGGUCAGUUUCGCUUUGAUUGCUACCCUGGUAUAUGCACUUUUCAGAAAUGCACAUCAAAACAUUCACCCAGAAAACCAAGAACUAAUAAGGGUGCUUCGGGAACAACUUCAAACAGAACAGGAUGCACCCGCUGCUGCUCGACAGCAGUUUUACACUGACAUGUACUGUCCAGUCUGUUUACAUCAAGCCUCCUUCCCUGUGGAAACAAACUGUGGACAUCUCUUUUGUGGUACCUGCAUUAUUGCAUACUGGAGAUACGGUUCUUGGCUUGGGGCAAUCAGCUGUCCAAUUUGUAGGCAAACGGUAACUUUAUUGCUACCAGUAUUUGGUGAAAAUGACCAGUCUCAGGAAGUUGUAUCAUUGCUUCAAGAUAUUAGUGAUUAUAACCGGAGAUUCUCAGGGCAGCCCAGAUCUGGGACUCAAGACCUGAACAUUGUGGAUUCUAAAUUAAGAAUUCUUCAUUUAGUCCUACAGCCUUACUCCAUAGAUGAAGAUAAGGAGGCCCAGAGAGAGAAUGAAUGCAAAGAGAGAGGAAGAGAGAGGGAUAGAGAGAUAGAAACAUCGAUGAGAGAGAAUCAGUUGCCUGCCUCCUGCACGCUUCAAGCUCACAACCCUGGCAUGUGCCCUGACGGGGAAUCGAACCAUGACCUGGGUUCAUGGGUCAAUGCUCAACCACUGUACCACACUGGCCGGGCCAUAAUAUGGUAGGUAAUCUUGAACUUAACUAAUUGAUUUUAGUCAAGGCUUCACAUAAAAAAUGAUUUCUUCACUUUUACCACAAAUUAGAAAUUAUAUCUCACUUAAAUGAUUUAUAUUCAAAAGCAACUUAAUAUGUAGUGUUUAUUUUCCUGAAUGUUGAGAUUUAAAUACUGAGGUUUCUGUUCAAACUGUGAAUUGUAUUCUGACUUUGUGAUAAAUUUUGCAUAUAUUUGAAAUGAAAUAUGUUCUGAAUAAAGAAAUACUGCCAUAGCAUGUACCUACUUAGAUUUAAAGUAACAGUUUCAACUAUAAUUAUUUUAAAUGUCAAAGUACACUGAGAUAGUUGAAGAAUAACAGACCUUUUAAGACAGUAUUAAAAAUGAUGUUCAAAGUGUUUUUGUAGACCUAUUUUUCAGUGUAAUUCACUGCAAGGCUGCCAAUAGAUAGUACUUUGAUUCAUGGAGAUUUGAUCUUUGAUGAACCAGUAUUUCAAAAACAGAACAUUUUGAUUCGAAGAUUACUUGAAGCUAUUUAGUCUGAUAAUAUUUAGAACUAAUUCUAAUGAAUAACAACAUUUUCCAGUUGUAAAGUCUCCAUUUCAUCUCUCUAGCAAUUCUUGGAGGAUAUGUGGAUAAAUAUUUUGUUUUUAUAUAAAUUGUUGUCUACAUAAAAGAAAAUUGUGUGUGUGUGUGUGUGUGUGUGUGUGUGUACACAUGGGCAUAUGCGUGUGUACAUGCAGGCAUGUAUGUGUGUCCAGAAUGAAGAAUCCAACAUUGAAUUGUAAAAGUGAUGAUGAUAAUUACUAAACAUCUUAGCAUUAUGACUUAACCUGGAACUAUUUUCUUUUCAUGACAGACAUAAAUCCAUGCUUGGAGAGAAGUGAGCAAGAAACAUGUAUACCAACUGUUUGCAUAUAAAUAAUAUGUCAUAGUUUAACAUAGGGAUUUUGAGGUACAGGUGCUUAUUUCUGAAUUUGAGAUGUAACAUUUGUUGAAUGUUUUAAAAAUUCAUUUUGUCUAUUAUUUAUAACAUUGCCAAGAAAAGGAUAACAUUUAGGCUAAAAUAGGUCCUGUUCAAACAUAGUGAAACUCAUUCUAAAACAGGGACAAGAUUUCAAUCUGAAACAAAUUGGGAGAGGGCUUGUGAACUGCAGCAUAUUCUGAAAGGUAACAUUUACUUUAGCAUAUAGCAACACACUAAAAUAACCACCUGGGUGUGACAUAAUCUAGCUAUAAUUAAUGGUGUGAAGAAACAAUUGUUUCUUAAUAGAACUGCUAGGAAAACAAUAGAGUUUUAGAAUUAGAAGGGACUUAGAAAUCAUUGAACACUAGCCCAACCUCUAAACCCUGGAAGAAAUUUCCUUGUAAAAUAUUGCUGACAGUCGUCAUCUGUUCUUUCAUUGCCGUUUACAUUUAAUCAGUUCUGCUUAGAUUCUUUAAAUUGGGUUUUGGGAUUAGGAUAGAAUUAGUUGCCACUAUUUAUACUUGUUUAUAAUACAAAUAUAAACUUCACUUUGAACUGCUGCAUAGUUUGAACUGUCAAAUUCUAAAUUACAGAAGUUUUGAAUUUUUGUAAAAUAAUUCAAAUGUUUACUAAUUGUUACACCUGUUAUGUGUGCUAAAAAUAUUUCUGUCAUUGAAGUAAAAAACAGUGGUGUCUAAAAUUACUAGCACAACUUUUCACUUGGAAAUCCAAGAACAUGAAAUUAUUUUCCUUUAUAAUUUGUGUAAUCCCUUUCUUAGCAGUAUAAUGGUAAUGGUGAAGGCAAAUAAAAGUUUCACUUGAAUGGA